UCCACUCUGUCUCUCUUCCUCUCUUUCUUCCUCGUUUUAACCGAACACCCGUUUACCAUAUCCAUAACUUCCUAACCUUCAAAACCCCCCAUCAUUAUUAACACUCCUCCCCACCAGUUUCUCCUUCUUCUCUUUUGGUCAAACUAACCGAAGCUCCCCCAUAAUGAAAAACGCUUCCAGAAGCAAGUUUCUGCUUUGCUUCCGACCAGUGGACGUCGACAUGGAAAUGGUCGUCGAGUCUAAACCUGCGCGCAGAACUAGAACCAAGCUGAUCGAGAACACCAAGGCCGAAAAGACCAAGGUGGUGGACAAGGAGGAAGUCCAAGCUCCGUUGACCAAAACUAUGUCUUUGGAUAGAGAGUGCUCCAUGAUCAGUUCUCAGACCUCCAAACUGCCUCGGUCUCGUCACAGCCGGACGUUAUCUAAGGCCAUCAAAGCCGUCGUCUUUGAAACGAUUCUGGCGAAGAAGGUUCGAGAAGGCAGAGCUUUCCGGCAAGACUCGUUCGGAUCGAAACGGGGCUAUUCUCUGAGUUUGGGGACUGAUGAACUGAUGACAACACCUUCAGAGACUAAUUCUCAUGAAGUCAGAGUCAAUUUUGACUCGGAAAAACAGAGCACGAAGAAUCAAGAAGACUCUGUUAAGAAAUCGAAGAAGAACGAAAAGGGUUCAUGUGAGCUCAAUUCCGGAAUGUAUUUACUUCUCAUAAGCCUCGGGAUCACUGUUUUCUGGGGGAGGGUAUUUGCUAUUCUCUUCACAUCAAUCUGGCUCUACUUUUUCUCAUGGCGUUGCGCAAAUAGUAAUCUCCGGCGGCCGGAAAACGUGAGAGAGUUGUCGGAGGCGGAGUCCAGGGAGCAGAAGAGGAGGGUCAUAAUGGAAGGGUUGAUUGAACGGAACCACCAUUUCCAGGGUAGUCAGAGAUGGCAUUAAAUUGGAAGUGCUCUGUUUCGUGUAACCUUGCUUGGAAAAUUGAAGUCUAAGUUCUAAAAACAGAACUUUCUUGUGGAUAUGGGAGUAAAAAA